AAAGAGGCUGCGCGUUCUUGUAGGUCCAAGAUGGCGUCAGUUUCCUCGUAAGCCGAAGCAACGGAGUGGUCUCCGUCAAUCCAUUCAGUCGGCUAAAAUCAUGGCGUCUGCCAGUACGGGGAGCAGGGUGUCCUGCGGACGAGAUUUGAAUUGCGUUCCAGAGAUAGCCGACACGUUAGCUGCGGUCGCCAAACUGGGGUUUGACUUCCUGUGCAUGCCCCUUUUCCACCCGAGGUUCAGGAGAGAGUUUGAGUUGGAGCCCGCUAAAUCCCGACCUGGUGCUCAGACCCGGUCAGACCUGUUGCUGUGUGGACGAGAUUGGAACACACUCAUUGUAGGGAAGCUUUCACCAUGGAUCGACGCAGAUUCAGAAAUCGAGACAGAACGCAGAAACUCAGAGGCAGCUCUGGCGCAGGAGCUAAACUUUUCAGCCUACCUGGGUCUGCCUGUCUUUAUGAUCCCGAUAAAAGGUCCUCAUAAUGCCAACCUUGCCCGCCUGCUGCUAAAUCAUAUCCACACUGGACACCACACUUCAAAUUUCUGGAUACGUGUCCCACUGAUGCCUAUGGAGGACAUGCGGGAAGAUCUAAUUGAGAAUGAACCCAGCUCUUGCAUUGAUGACCCAAGUAUUGAUGAGAGGACCUGGAGCUGGUGGCACUCAUUUAGAACCCUUUGUGAUUACAACAAGAGGAUCUGUCUUGCUGUUGAAAUUGGAGCAGACAUGCCGUCAGAAGCUGUGAUCGAUAAGUGGCUUGGGGAACCUAUCAAAGCAGCCAUACUUCCCACCAGCAUCUUCCUAACUAAUAAGAAGGGCUUCCCUGUUUUGUCAAAAGCCCAUCAGCGCAUAAUCUUCUCCCUUUUCAAGUUGGAGGCCCAGUUCAUCUUCACAGGAACCAGUCGCCACACUGAGAAGGACUUCCGAUCCUACCUGCAGUACCUGGAAUACCUCAACCAGAACCGACCUGCGCCCAACGCCUACGAGCUCUUCGCUAAGGGCUACGAAGACUACCUGCAGUCCCCCCUCCAACCGCUCAUGGACAAUUUGGAGUCGCAGACAUAUGAAGUGUUUGAGAAGGAUCCUAUUAAAUACUCGCAGUACCAGCAGGCUGUAUAUAAAUGUCUACUCGACAGAGUUCCAGAGGAGCAAAAAGACACAAAUGUUCAGGUGCUGAUGGUGUUGGGUGCAGGUAGGGGUCCGCUGGUCAACGCCUCCCUACGUGCUGCCAGGCAGGCGGACAGAAAGCUGAGGGUGUACGCUGUGGAGAAAAAUCCCAAUGCUGUAAUCACGCUGGAGAACUGGCGCUUCGAGGAGUGGGGUGAUCAGGUGACGGUGGUGUCAUGUGACAUGCGGGAGUGGGCAGCACCUGAGAAAGCCGACAUCAUUGUCAGCGAGCUGCUUGGAUCGUUUGGCGACAAUGAACUUUCUCCUGAGUGCUUAGAUGGAGCACAGCACUUCCUCAAAGAUGAUGGAGUGAGCAUCCCCUGCUCCUACACGUCCUACCUGGCUCCGCUGUCCUCCUCAAAGCUUUACAACGAAGUGCGGGGCUGCCGAGAACGUGACAAGGACCCAGAGUGCCAUUUUGAGACGCCCUACGUAGUGCGCCUCCAUAACUUCCACCAGUUGGCUGACCCCAAACCAUGCUUCACCUUCACACACCCCACAACAGAUAUGAACAAUAACCGGUAUCAGUGCCUCAGAUUCUCAGUGGGUUGUAACUCAGUGCUCCAUGGUUUUGCUGGCUACUUUGAGACCACGCUGUACAAAGAUGUCACUCUCAGUAUAAAACCAGAUACACAUUCACCUGGAAUGUUCUCCUGGUUCCCGAUCCUCUUCCCCCUCAAACAACCCAUCUCCAUAUCCCGGGAUGAUGAUGUCACAGUGCGAUUCUGGCGCUGCAACAAUGGGAAGAAGGUGUGGUACGAAUGGGCCGUGAGCGAGCCCUCCUGCUCUGCCAUCCACAAUCCAGCGGGACGUUCCUACACCAUCGGCCUGUGAAGAUGAUGUAUCAGCACACCAGUCAACAGGCAUACACACACACACGCACGUUUCAGUAAGACUCAGUGGCAGAUAAAGUGGAGGUGACCUGCCUCUUUUUAAAUAAACAGUUAAUACCUGGGCUGUGGUUAAAUGGCCAAUGAAAUUUUCCACCCUAUUCUCUUUUUCUUAACACCUUAACUUGGCUCGAUGGAACAUUUCAUGAGGUCAAGGGAAGAUGUGAAGGAGAAUUCAUAAAGAUUUAGGAAAAACUGUGGUGCUAAGAGAGUUCAACUGCACUUUCUUCAAGGAUGGAGUUUGCUAAAGGAGAUAAGAAAAGAAGCAUUGAAGCCCCUUUAUUUAGCAAGUAGAGAAUUCGAACAGCCCCUAUCCUUCCUGCCACUUAGUUACUUCUGAAAAAAAGACCAUUCAACCUCAGCCUUUGACUUGUGCUGUAAACCCCCUGAAGUAUGGUCAGGCUUUAACCAGCGGUAGCCACUUUUGAGCCUGCAAUGAAAAAGUUGACUACUCAAACCAGAUUUUACAGUCUGCGUUUUUGAGAAGUGUGUGUUUCAGCAGGCACGGACUAACACCGAGUGUAAUGUUGUUGUGCGACUGGCUCAUUCAGAAAAUGUCAAAACACCUUGUCACCGGUUUGUUUUUUUAUUGUAUUUUUUUCCCCGAUUGUUGUGAACCGACGUUUAGACAUACAUGCUCAUACCAACCGACUUUUGCCUUAUCAAUCACACAUUCCGUACUGAUACUUCUGUGCUGAUGAAAUACCCAUAUACUCAUUACAAGAGGGUCACGGGAAGGUUACAUUAUUCAGGUCACAUACUGCAUUGUUUGGGGGCUGUCUCUUCAUAGCUUUGUUGUUUUGUUUCUGUAUGUUUGAACCAUGUCAAUAAAACAACACUGUACUGUUCUCCAAA